AUGUCGCGGUCGCGUGACAAAACUGGUGGUAACACGGAACCGAUGCCAUUUGUGCGGAAAUUUGGCGCGGCAGCUGUUGCUGCUGCUGCUGCCGGUGAACCGACUGUUGAAACAAUGGAUAAUGCAGAAGAGGGUAGUAAUGGAAAUGUUCCAGAAUCUUAUGCUCCACCGGUUUCGGAGUAUUUGUCGCCAAAGCAGCGUUCUUCCCGUUCUCGAUCUCGUUCUCGACAUAAGCAUAAGCGAUCACGUUCACGGAACCAUAGCAAACGUCGUUCGCGUUCUCGCGAUCGCCGUCAUUCACGAAAGCGUAGCCACAGCAGACGCAGCCAUAGUCGUAGCAGGAAAAGUCAAAGUCGUAGUCGUCGACGAAGUCGUAGUCGAAGCAGAAGAAGUGGUAGUCACAGUAGGCAAAGUCGGAGUAGAAGCAAGCAUAAAAAGCGUAGAGAUCGUACUGGUUCUCCACCAAAAGGGCCUGAAGAACAAAGUGAAAAUCAAGAAAAUCAAGUUAAUACUACCACUGUUGGCUCUGCAAAAUUGAAGACUGCACAGGGAGUACUUCCAAUACUGGCACGCCCUGAAGUUGUUGAUAAGAUGAAAACUGAAGAUGAGGGAGCAGGUGCUGCAAGUGAAAUUGGCCAACCGGAAAAGAAGCCUCGUAAAUCACGUUGGAGUACCAACAAGUCUUUUGUACCGGGCAUGCCAACGAUAUUACCGUCAAAUCUUAGCGAUGAUCAGCGACAAGCUUAUUUGCUUCAGUUGGAAGUGGAAGAUGCAACGCGAAAAUUACGUCUUGGCGAUUUCAUGGGCAAUCCGGAUCCAGCUUUAAGAAGUCCAUCGCCGGAACCGAUUUAUGAUGCCAGCGGUAAACGAUUGAAUACCCGUGAAAUACGAAAAAGGCAAGAAUUGGAACAGUUGCGACAUGAAAAAAUCCAGGCAUUGUUGAAAUUAAAUCCAAACUUCAAGCCUCCAGCGGAUUACAGAGCACCAACAAUACGUUUGCAUGACAAGGUUUGGAUACCACAAGAAAAUCAUCCAGAAAUUAAUUUUGUUGGAUUACUGAUUGGUCCACGUGGAAAUACUCUGAAGGCUCUGGAAGCGGAGACAGGUGCCAAAAUUAUAAUUCGUGGUAAAGGUUCAGUAAAAGAAGGCAAAUUGGGACGUCGUGAGGGACCAAUGCCUGGUGAAAAUGAACCCCUUCAUGCUUAUGUAACAGGCACUGAUUAUACGGUUAUAAAAAAGGCAUGUGAAAAAAUAACAUCAAUUAUAAAUGAAGCACUGAUGAUACCUGAUGGUCAAAAUGAAUUGCGUAAGCUGCAGCUGAGAGAGCUUGCACUUUUGAAUGGCACUCUGCGACCUGAGGAUUUGGCAAGCGGUGCCCGUUGUAGCAACUGUGGCUCUGAUGAGCAUAAAACAUGGGAAUGUCCGGAUGCUCCAAAUGUUACUGCAAAUAUUAUUUGUACCGCAUGUGGUGCUGCGGGGCAUAUUGCUAAAGAUUGCAAAAAUCCACGACCUGGGAGUGGAGUGUUCAGUGUAGGAGAUGGUGGCAUGGAUGAUGAGUACACGGCAUUGAUGGCUGAGUUGGGAGAAAAGCCUGCAUCGAAACCAUAUGGUGCUUCAGGAAAAGCAGGUUUGGGAACUGGAAAUGCAGGAUCUGGUUAUAAGCCGAAGAAUUAUUCACUACCGACGGGUACACCGAUCGUUCGAAUCAAUUUAGCAAGACAAGAAGGUAUGGAGGGGUAUUCAAAAGGUGGCACACAACCACCAUUGGGUAGCAGUAAUGUAUCAACUGAAGGCAUUCACUUUUUCAAUACACCUCGACCACGACCUUCAUACAUGCCUAAUGCUGCUGCUUGGGGUUCACCAGCAGGUCGUGGGUGGGGUGGUGUACCACCACCGCCGACGAGCCGAUAUCCUAUGCCUGUUCCACCGCCACCACCGCCGAUGUCACUUGGACUUGGUUUUAUGCCUCCGCCACCACCACCGCCAGCGCCAGUACCGAAAAUGGAUCUGUCAAGCUUAUUGGCACCACCUGCCCCUCCUCCACCACCACCGUCCUAG